GUGAGUAUACUGCCAAUGCUACUCCAUCUGGUAGCCUAUUGUAACUCGGGUAUCGGCUUAAAGCCGUCUGCGGCCAUCGUUAAGACCGUCCCUCGAUGGCGUCGUGCGUAAAUAUACACCUAUGCGUAUAAAUAUCUAUAUUACUGUCUUCAACCGGAAGUAAGCCGAAUAUAAUGCACACAUUAGGCCCGACGUAAGAAGCACGAGACUUCCUUAGAGAUCCCUCAUACCUCCAUCCACAACCACCAUGCGAUUCCGCGACCACGCCCUCAUCGGGGCCGCCAAGAACAUCCCCGUCGGUCCUGCAACCCCCGUGGUGACCUUCAGCCCGAUCGUGAUCCCCAUCCCAGGGCGUCCCGUCGACCUGGAGCUGAAGGUGACGUUUCCCGCGAUCGGCGACGCGCUCCCCAUCAUCCUGCUCUCGCACGGCCAGGGCUUCAGCAACCACCUCAACUCGCUCGAGGGCUACACGCCGCUGGCCGAGUUCUGGGCCGCGCACGGCUUCGCCGUCGUGCAGCCCACGCACCUGUCCUCGCUGUCCCUGCGGCUGCCGGACCCGCCCGCCGGCAGCGAGUUCUACUGGCAGGACCGGGCGCAGGACCUCAGCCGAGUGCUCGACCACCUCGACGCGGUCGAGGCCGCGGUGCCGGCGCUGCGCGGGCGCCUCGACCGUAGGCGCGUCGCCGCCGCAGGCCACUCGCUCGGUGGGUGGACCGUGUGCGUGGCGUUGGGGGCGCGGAACGCGGACCCGCGGACGGGGGCGGCGGGCGGGGCGCGCGACGCGCGGAUACGCGCGGGCGUGGUGCUGGCGGGGACGGGGGCGGGCGGCGACGGCGACCUGUCGGCGACGGGGCGCGCGGUGCUGCCCUUCUACGGGCCCGACUUCGGCGGCAUGCGCGCGCCGGCGCUGGUGGUGUGCGGCACGGACGACGCGAGCCCGCGCCUGACGACGCGCGGCGCCGCCUGGCACGCGGACCCGUACGCGCGCGCGCCCGGCCCCAAGGACCUGCUCUGGCUGCGCGGCGCCGGCCACGCGCUCGGCGGCGUCAGCGGCUGGGACGCCGCCGAGGCCGCCGACGAGAGCCCCGAGCGCCUCGCCGCCGUCCAGCGCCUCACCUGGGCCUACCUGCGCAGCGCGCUGUACGACGGCGACGCGGCGUGGGAGGAGGCGCGGGAGGCGCUCGCGGGACUGCCCGAGCUCGGGUCCGUCGAGAGGAAGAGCUGAGAGAGGGAGGUAGGGGGACCUCGCGGAGAUAGGCAGAUAGGGGCUCGUCGUGCGGAUCGGGAGAGUUAGGUUCUGAGACCAGGUUGCUGGUAGGUAGUUGAUAACAGUUGAAGUGGAGCAUUGCGCAACGGAGACGGAGAAAUGCAAGAGGAGAAAAGAAGGAAAAUAUCACCAUAUCUUCGAAUUACCCCUAAGUUGUACGCAGUAUCAUGCAGAGGUACUACCUGGCUCCGUAAGAUCAUGUAAAGGUACCGCCUGGCCCUGUAGGGGUAUAUCGGCCAUAAGAAGCCUCUCCCGACCGUGCCUCCAUGUGCUAGAGACGGAGGAAGAGUUCUGAGCGAGCUGAACGCCGCCGUACAUGCAUGAAAGAGCAGGUUCUAACCGCUCUAGUUGGUCCCUCGGCCGGCCUAUGCUAGGGAUAGACGAAACGCCCUAUCAC